UUCACUGAAAAAGUAGAAUAUUAAGUAAUAGCUAAAUUUUAAAGUACAAAAAAUGAAAUUAUUACUUUUGAUUGCCUUAUUUGCUUGCUGCAAUGCUAAAUCGAUACCUAAAGGAUACUAUCACAGCGAUGUUAUUGUGACCAAUUGGCCCACAACUGUCAAAGAUGAGUUAAUAGAAAAUGACAAGAGCUUAAAACAGGGCCAAGGAACUGAAGAACCAGGGCUAAUGAGAAAGACCCUGCUAAAAUUCGGAGAGAUGGCUUCGAAAAUUGGCAACGCAAUGGGUGGUCAUGCCAGCAAAAUAACCGCUGCUCUUGACAAGAUCUGCGAAGUUGUUAAGACUGUCGUACCCCUUCUGGCUGCUGUAUGCCAUGUCGGUCAAUUUGGAUUUUGUGCAGCCACUGACGAAGCUCCCAUCAAACUCUCUGAAGCGAUGAAUGCCCAGACUCUUAAUUUGGAUGCUUUGGAUUAGGAAAUUGUUAGUCAUUUUUUCUGUUUUAUUAAUAUUAAGUGUAAUAAAAGUGUUUUAUUAUAUUUUAUAUUGUUUUUGGUCUGAAUAAAUUAUAUUAAGCAGGAA